CUUCGCAACGCUUGGCUCCCUGGGAGUGGCGGUUGUUUCAAUAUGGCGGCAGCAGCAGCAAAAAGUGGAGAGUCAGGAAUAUUUUGGAUUAAUGACGCAUCAGAUGAGGAGCAGCCCAUGGUGUUUGUUCCCGGAGUGAACAGAGAGAUGAAGUUUCAGACCCCGCUCAGGUUUGGGCCAGGCGGUACCAGCAGCGCCACUGAGAAAGGCACCAAGAUGAGGGCCAAACGUGGCUCUGAACCCAAGGCUGAGGCUCCAGUGAACAAAGGUGGCAAGAAAAAGAGCCACCUGCAAAGUGGCCCUGUGAUUUACGCCAAAGGAAAAGAGUUGCUCCAUCCCAACAAUGCUUUAUCCAUGGAACAUAUCCCACCCCCACCCACCAGUAACUUUCUCCCUAUGCCACAGGUAAUCCCUGCGACCAGCCAUGCUCAGAGCCAGGUGUGUCUGAAGGACCUGUGUCCGGAGGAUAAGCGCCGCAUUGCAAACCUCAUCCAAGAAUUAGCCAGAGUGAGCGAGGAGAAAGAGGAAUCAGUUCAGCGGCUGAAGGAUGAACAAGAAUCCUUUGAACGCAAGAUCCAACAGCUGGAACAGCAGAACCUGCUCAUAGUACGUGAAAGGGAGAGCCUGCAGCAACAGUACAAGGAGUGCCAGGAGCUGCUUGGGCUCUACCAGCAGUACCUUUCUCAGCAGCAGGAGAGGCUCAACCAGUCCAUCGCCCAGCUUAGCCAGCCGCCACCUCACAGCAAGUUGUCCAGUAGUGAAGGAGUCCCCAGCAGAGUUAACGGCUCAGUCUUGGAUGGCUCAUACCUUGCCCUGGCUGCCACUCAAGCAGGAUGGCCUCCAGUGCACAGGGGGGCUGAUGGCAGAAGAGGAGCAGCAAAGACUCUUAGUGACCAUGUCUCUCUCUCAACCAUGACUAUUCCCAGCUCCUCUCCCAGUGGGAGUGAGCGCACUCCGACUGAGGGGUCAGUCAAACAGCAGAGUGUUCAGAAAGGGGAGCGGAGUGUGCUGUACUCAGAGUCCUACAGUAGAUCUGAGCACUACCCAGACAGUGGAUACAGAACACAGCCACAAAAAACUAACGACCCUCUCCUAGCGAAUGGCCACCAUGGUAACCAGAACAGGCUCCUAAGUGUGGAAGCCAUGGGCCCAGAGGCCAAGGAAGCCUUGACCCGGCCCCUGCUGGGUCAUGAGGACUGGGAGGAGAAGAGGCACCAGCUACUGCUGCAGAAAAUGCAGCUGGAGAUGGAGAGAGAGAGACUGUGGGCACGGCUUACAGAACAGGAGGCUCAACUCCGCAGUCAAAACCAGCAGCUACGACAGUCACGACUUGACUACAAUAGGUUUCAACAAGCCACUCAAGCUGAGCAUGGCAGCUCAGUCACUAGAAAUGGAGCACCACAGCCAGAAGGCCUUUCCAAACGCCAUUCACCUUCCAGGGUGUGUGAAGAUGAGGAGGUACGUCCUGUAGGGCCGGCCUUAAACGAAGAGCUCCCACAAACGUCACUCACCACUCUGCAUAAUAGCAUUGACGUUUCUGAAGCCUUACAGCAAUCCAGAAGGGAUAUGGCGACUUCCCCUGUAAAGACUCUUGCCAGCCUCAGUAAUCCCACCUCAGUGCCUGUGAGGUCAAAGACCCCUGAGGCUAGGUUGGACUCGUCUGUGACUGAGCUGCUGCAGGCCUUCAGUCCAGUCUCUGUGCCUGGACAAUGCAAGCCCUCCACCCAAAGACACAAGACACCACGCAGUGUUAAUAGACCAGCCGUCAGCGCCCCCCGGCCAGUCCACAGUGCCGUGCUGUCCCCUGCUGGGCCUUACCCCCAAAGCUUCCAGCAAGACCUGGAAGAAAGCCAAAUACUGGAGGAGAUAUUCUUCAUUUGCUAACAGUGCAUCGCCUCCAAUUUCUUGAUAUGAGCCUCUUUUGUCUUAACUUUUUAUGUGUCUUACAUUUCGUUUUGUAUUUGCCAAAAUUAUCAUGAUUUUUGUGGAUUGUAUUCUAUUGUAAUACAGUUGUAAUACAGUAGUUUUUUUUAAUAUAAAUAAAUGAUUAUUUAUUUAGA